AUGAGCGUAAAAUUAGCUGCACAAUUAUUUAGCCAUAGUGUGUCUGCUGCAAUGCAAACAGCUAUCGACACUAAAGAAUUAAGCACGAAUACUUGUUCAGCAACAGCGGAAUUUAUAAAAAUAGUGGAUAAUGCCUUUGAUGCAUUGAACAGCAGAAAUUUACAAGAUAAAAAACCUUGUAAAAGGGCAUUAUCAGAGGCAAAUAACGAAGCUUUUGCAGCUUUAAAUAAAAUGGCUGAGGCAAUGAAGUCGAUUAAAAAAAUAACAAACCAAGCUGGAUUAAUGCUAGGAUUAAUCUACGGUUGGUCAUCACCAGCAAUUCCAAGAUUAAACGGCUCCAUAGAACCAGAAAACAAUCCUCUACCAUCACCAAUAACAUUAUCACAAGAAUCUUGGAUAGCUUCUUUGUUACCAUUGGGUUGUAUUUUUAGCGCAUUCAUAACUGGAUUAAUAUGCGACAAAAUCGGAAGAAAAAGAACUUUGCUAACCGCAGCGAUUCCGUGCAUCGUUGGAUUCACACUCUGCGGUUUUCCAAAAAACGUUUACUACUUUUAUUUUGGACGAUUCUUUUCUGGGUUGGGUUGCGGAAUAAUUGCGGUUGUAAUGCCGAUUUUCGUUGGGGAAAUAAGCGAAAAGCAUAACCGAGGACUUCUUUGUUGUGUUUAUACUGUUGCCAUAUCGAUUGGAAAUCUUUUAUUUUUUGGUUUGACUCCGUAUUGUGGGAUAUACGCUUUAAGCAUUUUUGGGUUAAUCGUUUCUAUAUUAUUUUUAAUAACAUUUACUAUUUUUAUACCAGAAAGUCCUUAUUAUUUGUUAAUGAAAGGUGAAUUAAAUAAGGCAAGAAAAUCGUUAUUAAAAUUAAGAUGCAAUAACACAAAAAUAGUUGAAAUCGAAUUACCAAUUAUUAAAAAAAAUAUCGAUGAAACUUUAUCAAUCAAACGAAAUUUUUUUGAUUUUUUUAAAGAUAAAGCUCUCUCACGAGGUUUAAUGAUCGCUUUAGGCUUAGCAGCUUUUCAACAAUUAUCCGGAAUAAACAUCAUUUUCUUUUAUAUGCAAUCAAUAUUUGAAGAAUCUCAAACUGGAUUAUCUUCAGAUCUUUGUACUGUGUUCGUUGGACUCGUCCAAUUAGUUUGUAGCGUUGUCACAUCAAUAACCAUCGAUAAGUUUGGAAGAAAAAUUUUACUAUUAGUCUCAGCAAUUGGGAUGUUAAUUACAUUAACAGUUUUAUCUAUUUAUUACCAUUUAAAAGAGCGCAACUUCGACGUCCAAAAUAUAAGCUCUUUACCAAUUUGGUUCAUUAAUCUUUACGUUAUGACGUAUACUCUGGGUUUUGGGCCGAUUGUGUUCGGAGUUGCAGGAGAAAUUUUUCCACUUUACGCAAAAUCAAUUGCCUCGACUUUAACCACUUCAACCGGCUUGAUUUCAACUUUUUUUAUCACGAGUUUAUUUCCGUAUUUGAAGGAAUCAAUUGGGAUUGGAUAUACUUUUACAAUUUUAGCGGUUAUUUGUGGCUUUGCUGGGUGUUUUGUUUAUGUCAAGGUACCAGAAACGAAGGGGAAAACGUUGGAAGAAAUCGAAGUAAUGUUGAAGAUAUAAAAAUGUU